AUGCGGCGUCAGCUAAUUGCCCGGCAAGAGCAACGGCAAUUAGACGUCCCAACCGCCAGACUGACUUUGGGACCACUGACCUCUCCCCAAAUGACAGCUGAGAUCAGAAUCAUUCAGCAAAAUCUUAACAGGGACCGCACGGCUAGUCACCAGCUCCAUGAGCUUUGUGUCGAAAAAAGAAUUGACUUUGUCCUGGUACAAGAACCGCUUAUCUUAAACAACAACACGAUCUAUGCAUUCGAAACCUGCAGGCGUGCGCACAUCAGUAGAGACGCCGGUGCGGCAGUCAUAGUCCUAACCACCCGAUUUCAGAGCAUCCUUUUAGGGGCCUAUUCGUCAAGCCACACGGUUGCGAUCAGAGUAAGGUUUGGUCCUAGACAGGUGGACGAUGUUAUACUCGUAUCAUCUUACUUCAAGUAUAACACACCUACGAUACUCCAUAUUGAGCGUCUGAGCCAGAUUAUGGUAAGGGAGAAACGUACCCUGAUCGGUGCGGAUACCAACGGCCACUCGAAACUUUGGUUCUCGGAAACCCGGAACCGUCGAGGGCGAACCGUAAAAGAGUUCGUUUAUAAAUAUGGCCUCAAAGUUCAUAACUUAGCUGGUCAAAUGAACACCUUUCGCCGACGAGACAACAGCACGUCGAAUAUUGAUGUCACGCUUACGUCGGCUGACAUAGGGCACAUAGUUCGAAAUUGGAAUGUCAGCGAUGAAACUGACAGUGACCAUAGGGUUAUAAGUUAUAGCCUACACGUUCGUAAACCGCCCCCGAGAAUUCCGGUGCCCGUGCGGUACAACGCUAAGACCGCGGACUGGGAUCUGUACAACACAUGUUAUGAAGAAUAA